UGUUUAAACUACCUACUGAUCUCUAAGGGUAUCCAGGAACAACACACGAGUCGUCAGAUAAAAGAAGCGAAGGGGAGAGUAAAGGGAAAGGGAAGUCAACAGUGGACACCUGCCAUUCUCCGUCCGCAUCCUCGUAUGUCUUCAAAAACAUGGGCGAAAGAACAAACUAAUUAUUUCUGUAAACAGAAUAGAUUAAAUGGAAUGGAGGCUACUCGUUUUACGCUGUUAUAUCAGACUUGUUUUGUAAGAGUGCACUUUUGGCGAUAGGUGUCUAUUUAACCGUAAGUAAAUUAGAACUAUUUUGAGGAAGGGUAGAGGUUUGUAGGCUAGUUGUCGUCGUCAAUCGAGUUCGACAUUGGACAAGCAGGUAGGUAGAGAGGGGUCGUGCAGGUAUUGAGCAGGAUGUCUGACCGAUGUCCAGUUUAGCCACUAUUUUCCAACAAUCGAGGAUACUCCAACCACCAGUGGCCAUGAAUGACACAGGCGAAUCAAAAGACCAGCAACUGACAGUGGCUCUUAGGAUCAGACCCCUCAGUGAUUCUGAGCAGGAAGAGGCAGCCACUAUAGUGGCCCACCGAUUGGAUGACCAGAUGGUUGUUCUGAUGAACCCCAUGGAGGAUCCAGAUAAUAUCCUGCGUGCUAACCGUUCCCGGGAGAAGACCUAUAUGUUCGACGUUGCAUUCGACUGCUCAGCCAACCAGGAAGAGGUGUACAGAGCCACAACCAAGGGCCUGAUCGAAGGCCUCAUAUCCGGCUACAACGCCACUGUUUUUGCCUACGGACCCACAGGUUGUGGGAAGACCUUCACUAUGUUAGGGACGGACAGAGAACCGGGGAUCUACGUACACACUCUAAAUGACCUGUUCAAAGCCAUUGAGGAGACCAGCGAUGACAUGCAGUACAACAUCUUCAUGUCAUACCUGGAGAUCUACAACGAGAUGAUCCGGGACCUUCUCAACCCAUCCUCUGGGUUCCUGGACCUGAGAGAGGAUUCUAAAGGAGAGAUCCAGGUGGCUGGCAUCACAGAGGUCUGCACUAUCAACGCCCGAGAGAUCAUGGAUUUGUUGAUGAAGGGUAAUAAGCAGCGUACCCAGGAGCCCACGGCAGCCAACCAGACUUCGUCCCGGUCCCAUGCCGUGCUGCAGGUGUCGGUCAGGCAGACGAGCCGCUGUCGAGACCUUCUACAGGAAGUCCGCUUCGCCCGCCUUUUCAUGAUCGACCUUGCCGGCUCAGAACGAGCCUCACAGACACAGAAUAGAGGUCAGAGGUUAAAAGAAGGGGCCCACAUCAACCGCUCCCUCCUGGCUCUGGGUAACUGCAUCAACGCCCUGAGUGAGAAACAUGGUAACAAAUAUGUCAACUACAGGGACAGCAAGCUGACACGCUUGCUGAAGGACUCGUUGGGAGGCAACAGUCGCACAGUGAUGAUAGCCCACAUUAGCCCCGCCUCCCUGGCCUUCGAGGAGUCUCGCAACACGCUGAGCUACGCUGACCGUGCCAAAAGUAUCCGCACACGGGUGAAGAGGAACCUGCUGAACGUGUCCUACCACAUCGCUCAGUACACUAACAUCAUCUCUGACCUGCGCAGCGAGAUCCAGCGGCUCAAGAAGAAGAUCGCCGAUCAGGCUGGACGUCAGCUCAACUCUGACCGAGCUGACAUCCGCCAUGUCCAGGCGGAGGUGCAGGCCCACAGCACGCAGGCCAGCCGAGCAGAGAUGGACCAGCUGAGGGAGCAGCUCCUAGAGGCCUUCAGGAGUCAGAUGGAGAUCAGGAGGAGCCUGAUGGAGCUGGACAACAGCAACAUGGAGAUCCAGAUGGACACCUCCAAACACCUGCUCACCAUCGCAGAUUGGGAGCAGGAGCGGAGUCGUUGUCGCAGGAAGUGGCGAGCAGAGAGGAGGAAGGAGAGCAGCAGUAAGGAGGAGAGUGAGAAGGUUUUUGACUGCCCUGAGUCACCCCCAGACAGCACUGAGACCCAGGAAGUAGCCAUGGCCAGAGAGAAAGUGGUCACUCUCAUUGCUGAACAGAACAAGAUACACGAACAAAAGGCUUUCCUGGAGCGAUGCUUCGUGGAGCUGCGGGAGCGUGCCAGGCGCCUGGAGGAGCUGCUCCCUUGCAGGGUGAGCUCUGAAGAGCAGAGGGAGGUGCUGGGCCUUCUCUGUAAGGUACACGAGCUGGAGAUUGAGAAUGCCGAGAUGCAGUCCCACGCCCUGCUCAAAGACAACGUGAUCCGGCAGAAGAACUUUGUGGUGCUGCGCUUCGAGCAGCACCGCCACCUCUGUGACGAGCUCAUCCAGCAGCAGAGACGGUUUAUUGACGACCACAGACUCCUGGUGCCCCCCCACCUUCAGGAGCUGUAUUGGAUGUACAUGAGAGAGCUGGAUGAGAGGAACCUGGACAGAUCCCUGGACAAGGUCAGCGGGAGCACACUCAAGGAGGGCUCCCUGCCCAAGAUCACUCUGCCCAGCCGAAGUCGUGACCCAGUGCAGGACGUGGACUCAGACCAGGAGAGCGUUCGCACCAUGGGCUCAGAGACCAGGCAUGGCCGGGCCAAGACCCGCAGACACACCCUGCCACCCAUUCUACCUGAACCUGAAGGAGACAAUAACCAUGUGUUUAAGGGCAGUCCCCAUGCCAGGCAGAUUAAACAUUCUGCUGUGUUGACCCCUCCUCCAAUCCACAUCAACGGCCAGGGAAACAGAGAGCUGCAGCCAUUGGCCCUAGAGACAACUCUGAACUACAGCCACCUCAGCCACAGUGUCAGCAGUCACCUGGACUCCUCCCCUGAGAGCAGCGAGACGGGCCAGGAUGUCCCCCUCACACGAAAGGAGAGGCAGCAGAUCCUCAAAGGGGUUCACAACAUCGCAGUGAAGGCUGCACGCCGCCGCUCCAAAGCCCUGGAAGUGGACGCCCUGCGACUGCCCCCUCCUCCCUCACCCCUGGACCUCAAGAAGCACAAGAGCAUCCUGUCUCCGAGUGAGGCGCCCCCUAGGGUUCUGGCCCUGCUCCGCAGCCGGCAGCCCAGCCCCGAGCCCCGCCACGACACCUCAGAUGAAAACUUAUCCAGCAGCACGGGGGAGGGGCCUGUCUCCCAGGGCACCUGGACACGCCCACGUAAUCGCCAGCCGGCCUCCAAGAACCCAAACCUCUCCCUCCGCGAGCAGGACUUCGAGGCUCACUCCCGGAAGAGACGCUCCCGCUCGUUCGAGGUCACAGGUCAAGCACUGUAUCAGUCUAAGACAACGGCAGCCCAGCGUAUACGCCCAUUGGACAGCACGUCAGACCCCCACCUCCACAUCAACGGGAAGCCCCAGGCCCCCCUUUUACGUCCCCAGCACAGGGGGGUCCCUUCUCUCACCAAAGUCCGGCUGCCACACAACAACCACCAAACAGGCCCCAUCACAGAGUCCUCCCCAGUCCACCUGAGCAACCUGAAGCGUGUGUCUCAGCUGCGCCAGCCCAUGCUCUACACCACGGGCACCGGAAGUCAGCGCACCCGCAGGCACUGAGGGCCUAAAGGCCUACUUCUCCUGGGUUAUGUUCAUUAGGGCAUAGAAUGGACAUUUUUGCAAUGGAAAACAAAAAUGAGUCCAGGUAGUCCCUUCCUGUUUUCUUCAGUUUGGUGCCUAAUGAUCAUGACUCAGGGUUUUCUUACAUAGGACUUCCCAAUACCAGCACUAACCUGACCAGCUACCCUGAGAAUGUUGACUGGACUAGAUGGACUGGACUGGAGAAAGCUGGACCUCCAAUCUCCACCUUCAUGCUCCUGAUUGACCCACAGCCCAGUGGGACCUUGAGCCCCCUUUUGUCCUCUGGCCUGUGACCUCUGACCUGUGACUUCCACACUGGCUGUACAUUGAACCCAGAGACCUAGCUUUUCCUCGUGCUGAUCACUAGUAAGUAAGGUGGAUGAUGCCCUAAGACCUCACCAUCACAGACCCCAAAGAUCUUCUGUCUAUGACAUUUACUCUUCUGUCUGUGACUUUGUCUUAAAUGGCGCCCAAGUUCUAUAUAGUGCACUACUUUUGACCUGGCCCUGGACAAACGUAGUGCACUAUAUAAGGAAUAGGGUGCCAUUUCAGACACAGACUGUGACUGUUUUCUCUGCUCCUCGUUUCCCUGCUCAAGUGGUCCUCUGAGUGACAGUCCAGUGGCCACCACUAUCCGCUACUAUCGCCCUGUACACAUUCCGGUUCUACAGAUGAUUUGGCACGGUUGUGAUUCUAAAGAAUUUUUCUACAUACAAAUAAUUACAAAAGCCUUGUGGACACACUGCAUAAUAGUUGUUUCUUCUCUCUUCUUUAUGAACACGUUUUAUAAAUAAAUAUAUUCUUUCUACAGCUUAUCAGCGUACACCCAAUAUGUUCCCCCUGUUGAUGAUGCUUAUUAUUCAUUAUGGUUGAACUAAAAGAUUAUAUGCAACAAAAAUGUAAUUCAAUUGGAAACAAUUAAAUAUAUAUGUAAAAUGUAAUUAAACGAUAAUGAAUGUUGAUGCUAAUAUUAUGUAUGAUAACAAUAGCCUAAUAUAUUCUAUAUGCUGUAAACUCUUGUCUUUUAACAGUUUCACUCAAUUCAUUCUAAUUUACUUAAUAAUUAUGACACACCCCUCACUAUUGUCAUUGGUUGCACUAAUUCCACUGUUUGUCUACAUAACCUGGUUCAAGCAUUCAUGACAUUACCCUGAAGAAGACAGUGAUGCCGAAACAUUAAAUAAAUAAAUUGCUGGGAGUUUAAAUAUACAGUGUUUUCAGACCCCUUGACUUUUUCCACAUUUUGUUAUGUUACAGCCUUAUUCUAAGAUGUAUUAAAUCGUUUUUUCCCCUCAUCAAUCUACACACAAUACCCCAUAAUCACAAAGGAAAAACAGGUUCAUUGUGUAUGACGCUAUAAGCUUGGCACAUUUGUAUUUGGGGACUUUCUCCCAUUCUUCUCUACAGAUCCUCUCAAGCUCUGUCAGGUUAGAUGGAGAGCUACGCUGCACAGCUAUAUUCAGGUCUCUCCAGAGAUGUUCGAUCGGGUUCAGGUCCGGGCUCUGGCUGGGCCCCUCAAGGACAUUCAGAGACUUGUACCGAAGCCACUCCUGCAUUGUCUUGGCUGUGUGCUUAGGGUCGUUGUCCUCUUCGGCCCAGUCUGAGGUCCUGAGCGCUCUGGAGCAGGUUUUCAUCAUGGAUCUCUUUGCUCUGUUCAUCUUUGCCUCGAUCCUGACUUGUCUCCCAGUCCUUGCCACUGAGAAACAUCUCCACAGCAUGAUAAUACCACCACCAUGCUUCACCGUAGGGAUGGUGCCAGGUUUCCUCCAGAUGUGAUGCUUGACAUUCAGGCCAAAUAGUUUAAUCUUGGUUUCAUCAGACCAGAGAAUCUUGUUUCUCAUGGUCUGAGAGUCUAUUGAUGCCUUUUGGUAAACUCCAAGCAGGCUGUCAUGUACCUUUUACUGAGGAAUAGCUUCCGUCUGGCCACUCUCUCAGAAAGGCCUGAUUGGUGAAGUGCUGCAGAGAUUGUUGUCCUUCUGGAAGGUUCUCCCAUCUCCACAGAGGAACUAUAGAGCUCUGUCAGAGUGAACAUCAGGUUCUUGGUCACCUCCCUGACCAAGGCCUUUCUCCCCCUAUUAUUCAGUUUGGCCGGGCAGCCAGCUCUAGGAAGAUUCUUGGUUGUUCCAAACUUCUUCCAUUUAAGAAUGAUGGAGGGCACUGUGUUCUUGGGGACCUUCAAUGCUGCAGAAAUGUUUUGGUACCCUUCCCCAGAUCUGUGCCUCGACACAAUCCUGUCUCAGAGCUCUAUGGACAAUUCCUUCGACCUCACGGCCUGGUUUUUGCUCUGACACGCACUGUCAACUGUGGGACCUUAUAUAGACAGGUGUGUGCCUUUCUAAAUCAUGUCCAAUCAAUUGAAUUUACCACAGGUGGACUCCAAUCAAGUUGUAGGAACAUCUCAAGGAUGAGCAAUAGAAACAGGAGCUCAAUUUUGAAUCUCAUAGCAAAGGGUCUGAAUACUUAUGUAAAUAAGGGAUUUCUGUUUUAUAGAUUUUAUCAAUUUUAUAAAAUUUCUGAACACCUGUUUUCACUUUGUCAUUAUGGGAUAUUGUGUGUAGGUUGAUGAGGAUUUAAAAAAAUAUAUAUAUAUAACAUUUUAGAACAAGGCUGUAAUGUAACAACAUUUUUUUAAAGUCAAGGGGUCUGAAUACAUUUCGAAUGCACUGUAUCUAUGCAUAGUCAUUUUACCCCUACCUACAUGUACAGCUUUUAGUGUUACUUUUUAUUUUUAACAUGAGUUUAUUUUAGUAUAUGGGGGGUUGGGAAACCCUGCCAUAAACAAUCCAUCUGUACAGUCACAACAUGAGCACACCACUUAACUGCAUGGCUACAAAGUGAACUCGGUAGACAGGACACACUCUACAAAGUGAACUCGGUAGACAGGACACACUCUACAAAGUGAACUCGGUAGACAGGACACACUCUACAAAGUGUUUUUGAGAAGUUUUAUUUUGAAAGGUAAACAAGUUAUUCAACAGUACUGGUGUGAUCCAUAACAGGUAUCUAGACAUGAAUAUGGGCCUAUGUCCUAGAGUCAUUCGGCUGUCAUAGGUAUAGAUUACAUGUCAGCAUAUUGUUUUCAUAAGAGUGGAAGUGCUGAAUGUACCUGCUAUGAUUGGAUUAGUUUACCUCCCAUUGGCAGGCAGGCAGCAGGCUUACCAGCAGGCUGUGUUCUAACAUGCAGCAGUCGUGUGUGUACUUGAGCAUGCACUAGCUAAUUGUAAGAGGUUUUAUAGUACCGUUGUCUUGGGUCAAUGGGAAUGUAUUUCCACUAGUAGAGGCGGCUGAGGGGAGGACGUUUCAUAAUAAUGGCUGGAACGGAGUUAAUGGAAUGGCAUCAAACACAUAUCACUCCACUACUUCUGCUGCAGCCAUUACCACGAGCCCGUCCCUAAUUCACCUCCUGUAGUUUCCACAUAAAGACGCCAACACAAACAUUAGUGACUUUGUAGGCUAUUAGCUUUUGUUUGUUGACAUUUAUCAAAGAAAGAAAAACAAUUAGCUUUGCUGUCCAAUUAAAAUAUUUAGGCUACACAAAUAAAUAAUUUUAUUACAGAAAUAAAUCAUUUAUUGAACAUUAAAUCAGAAUAAGCAAAAUACCUAGAAACAUUGUAAUAACAAAGUCAUGAUGAAAUCUUUCCUGCAUGUUUCUCUGCUGAACUUCAUUAUACAACUACACAAUAGUUUUCCAUCUCUGUUCUUUCUCGUCCCUCCUGCUCCGUGUAUUGUGAAACACGUGCAGUCCAAAUUACAUAAUCCAAACAUCAAGAGCUGCCGUCUGAGGGGCAAAACCACAUAAAUAGUGCCCCUAACAAUUUCAGGGAUUGGUCCAUAUGCGACCAAUCACAAAAAUCACAAACGCUCUUCAGAUUAAUGGCCGUUGCCUCCAGGGUUUGGAGCUCUGUCAUGAGUGAGAAAGCUUGUCCGUCUGUUCCUGAGCCAUAGAAAUGUCCUAUUGACACUGAAUCCUAUUUCCAUAAUUUGCAAUGUAUGUUUUUGACAUUCUUAGAAUGGUUUGAAAUACAAUUGACAUUUUACAUUGUGAGAAUUAUAUUUUUUCUCAGUUGUUGUUCUGUAUGCAAUAUAUGUACAAUGAGACCUAUUAGAGUUUUUAGGGGGUUUUCCUGUGCCUGAGACACAGACACACACACACACACACACAACCAUCUCUUAGCAUGUCUUGACCUCAAUGGCCUGACUUGCUGAGGCAUCUUGAAUUUAAGUCUAGAAAUUAAAACAAAUACUAUUAAAAUAGGAAAAUGGGCACACAUGAGUAAUAGCAAUUUAUAAAUGACUGAAUGUUUCCAUUUUGAAGAAAACAAUAUAUGAGCUGUCCCUAUAUGAGCAGUUGACAGAGCCAGUAGGAGCCAGUAGUAAUUUCCUUCUCCUGACCCAUGGCCCAGAGAUUUGUGUCUAUCCUAGAUGUGUCCCUUCAAAUAAUAUGUACCAAGGAAAAGUUAGACGCUGGGAGAGAGAGAGAGCUUUAUCAGCCUACUUCCAUCUCUAUCAUGCUCCAUCCAAAACAAGAAAUAUGGCUUUUCUCUAAUGCAUGCAUCCAUCAACAGUUUUUUUCUGCAGUUUGAAUAUCUUAUUCUGAGUAGAAAAAAGAAUGGAUACUGUUAAAAUUCUGAAUCUCAAAAUAAUGACUCCCCCUGCAUAGUAUCCAAGACUAAACAACUAGGCCAUGCAAGGUUCAUGGAUUCAUUUGGCCUUUUUCCUGCUCCCAUACUAAAUAAUCCUGUAUAUCUAGGGUAUUUUGGUCUAUUCAGACCCAGACGAGUGGCUGUGUCACAGGAUUACUGAGAGUGCAGGACAGGAUUUAUCCUGAUGUAACUUGUCUAUCUCUAUCUGUUUGUUUAUCGUGUGUGUGCAUGCGUGUGUGUUCAUACAUAUAUUCAUUCAUAUGUC